AGCUGGCGGCCAGGCUUGCUCCCUGCAAUUUAACGUUCAGGAGUGCUCAGCUGGGUAUCUAUAGGUUGCAAAAUGCACUGGGGAACGAACUUGCCCAGUGGCAGGGGUGUGAGCCCACGUUGUCACAAUUGUCAAAUCUACUUGAUCACGAUGUGGACCUGAUUGCCCCUGCGUAGGUCCAGGGGCUGCAGGAAGAGAAGGAAGCCCAGAAGGGAUGCGGAGGGAAGCAAUUUCCCGAAUCUUAAUCCCUGAUAACGUCCUGCAGUUAAGAGCUUUUCAAAGCCCCCGGUUGGCGAAGAUCUAUGUCCAUCCGCGCAUUUCAGAAGCACAAUGAAGCUCCCCAUGUCUUAUCAGCUUCUCAGCUGGGUGUGCCUGGCUCUGGCGCUUUGCUCUUUGAUCCGCCCUGCAGUGGCGAUCUGGUGCGACGAUGACAACUGUUACGAGCUGCUUGGAGUGAACCAGACGGCCACCAGUUCCGAGAUCAGGAAGGCGUACUACAAGCUGUCGCUCUCAUUGCACCCAGACAAGAACCCCGGGGACGAAACCGCCCAGCGCCGAUUUGCCAAAAUCGGCGCCGCUUAUGAGAUCCUCAGCAACGAGGACAGGCGCUCGUCGUAUGACUACGUUUUGGCACACCCGGAGAGAGUCCUGUACAACACUGCAAGAUAUUACCAGACCUACUAUGGGCCUAAGUCGGACAUCCGACUCAUCGUCCUGGGCGUGGUGGUCAUCAUUUCGGGCUUCCAGUACUUCAACGAUUAUGUCCUAUAUCACAAGGCUAUGAGCGACGUCAAGAAGUCGGCAUCCUUUCGGAGGCGCCUGAACGCGCUGAAGCAAGAGCGGCUGGGCACCAAGGGGAAAGUUCGCUCCAAGAACAAGGCUGCGAAAGAUGACGACCCGGUGAAGGAACUAGAGGAGGAGGUGCUUCAGGAGGUGGAGCUGGUCGGGCGGCCCCCGCCCCACUGGAAGCGCCUGCUGCCGUGGCAGCUGGUUAUGGGGGUGGUUAACCUGUUUAAGUGGGCGAAGUGGGAGGUGGAGUGGACGCGCAAGUACCGGUGGAACAAGGAGCCGUACGAUGCGGACGCCCGCGAGUAUCUCACGCGGAGCACGCUGGGGGUGGGGGCCGAGCGGUGGGAACAUAUUGAUGAGGAGGAACGGGAAGAGCUGAUUGCGCGCGAGUUGUGGGUUGCCAAGAAUUGGGAAGCGUUUAAGAACAGCAAGAGGAAAGAAGCUCGACGCCGACGAUGACCCCGUGCAGAAUUGUCGGUGCAAUUUUGCCGCAGAGGACAAGGAUUUCAGGCCGCAAGCAAAUGCUAGAACUUUUACUCUCUAAAGUGCGGCUGAGUUGGUUUAAGAUCUAAGAGGAAGCCCGUCAUGAAAAGAGAGCGCUCAAUUGGACAGCAACGAAUCUGCAUGGGUACAUUUCAAAGGCAGCUUAUUACAUGCGCGCAAAGUAUAUGAGGCGGUCGCCACUCCUUGCUUGAGAGGCUGAUACUAUUAGGACUGGCCAUACUGAACCCAGCCUGGAAACUGUUCUUACGACAAAACUUUCAGCUUCAUCGACAGAAAGGCCGUGGCAUAUGUGCAC